UACAUUAAAGCACCAAUGCUAUAUAGCAUAGUAGAAGUGCUCGUAGCAAUAUAUGUUGCUUACACGUGGGGAGUUGGUGGUUCAUGGGCUUGGCAGCAAGUUUCACAAGAUGUAAACCACUAACUUGAACUCUUGUGUAUAGAACUGGUCAUGCGUCGACAAGGAAGAGGGGUCUUAACAUGAAGGAUAUCGAGUUACCAUGAGAAUCGACAACGGAUAGUAAGGUGAGUGUGAAGGGGGUAAAUUCUACGCCUUACGUAUUCUUUUAAGUAUAUGAUUUUAAGUUUUUUUUUUUUAGCGAAUUGGUUAUCGUUGCUUGGUUAUGUGUAUGAUUGAUUAUUUGUGUUUUGCUUGAGUUAUGGUUUGAGAUGAUUUUGUGCUAUUUGAGGUGAUUUUGUUUGAGCUAUGCUUGAAGUGAAUGUUUAUAAGUUACUUUGAAAUUUGUACGAGUAUAAGUAAUUAUUAAAGAGUAAGAAACAAGUUCUUUUAAAGAAGUAACUCACCUUCAAGAAGGUGAAGUCGUUUUAAGUGUUUUUAGUCACUAGCGCCAGUCCGUUGCCAUUUGAGAUUUUCAGAUAGAGCAGCAGUUAUGCUCUUGAGAUCUUUGAGACACAGCAGCAGUUAUGCUCUUGAGACUUUUAAGAUGGGCAGCAUUUAUGCCCUUGAGAUUCGUGGUGAAGAGCCACCACGAUAAGUUUAAGAUGUUAGGGGGAUGAAUCGUUACGACUUCCCUAACUAAGUUUAAGUUUAAGGAAAGCCUGGAUGGCUUCUCAUACGUAUGAGUUGGCAACCGGACUAGCUAGUGAGGGAUCCCCGUGUUAGUCAAGUAUUUAAGUCAAGAUUUGAGCUUUAAGAGAGAAGAGUAACUUCAACUCCCUCAAAGUUUAAGAGUUAAGAUUUUAAGAAUGGAAGUACAAACAACUUCCCUCAGUUUGAGUUUAAGUGUUUGAGAAGAAGUGCAAAAUUAUUAGAAAGUUUAAAACGUAAGGGCGUAGACUGACCCCAACUCACUCACCAGGCCUUAGUAAGGGAAUGAGCGAGCACCAGAUCGGUAGCAGCUUGCUAGAGGAGCAGUUAGAGAGCAGCGAGUUCGAGAGGAAAAGUCCGAGAGCAGCCAGUUGGAGGAGAGCAGUAUAAGCGUCACGGAGGAUGCUUAGUCAAGGUUUUCAGUAGCAACAGCUUCAGAGUUUAUUAGUUAAUUACUUUUCUGAUUAUGAGUACAGACUGGAGAUUAUUUUGAGAUCAAGUUGAGUUUUUAAAGGUUGAGUUUAAAUUGCCCACAUGUUAGGGCUUUGCUUUGAACUACAAGUGUGUGUUUUCAGUAUUUUACUUAUUAAAAUUUUUCCCAGUUGCAAUUUAAGAUUUGAGUAUUUUAUUUAUCAAGGGCAUUUUAGUAAAAGUAGUACCCGGCCGGGUUAUGGUGUUUCAGGAGGAUUGUAUGAGUACUCUUACUUGAUAAUCUUGAGUUCAUAUUCAAUCUAUGCACGUUUUCAUGAUUCAAUUCUGCUUUAGUUGAGAUUAUUGAUUCUGCUUUGAUCCUAUGAGAGCGAAUACCUGAUUAGGUCAAUAGAGCACCAUAGAUUGAUAGUAUUGGAUCGAUUGCUUUAGUCGAGUGUCGAUUCACUGCUUUGUAUCGAUUGAGAACCUCAUUUGAUAGAGGGAGUCUACUUCAGAACGCCUUGAUCGGUUGUUCUAGAGAAGGAUACGUCCCUCUAGCCAAUCGACUCAAGAGGGCCUUGAUCCUUUUGUCGAUAUUCAAGGUCUAGUCAAGGAUUCUCCGCAUUGUGAAUGAAAGUGAAACAAGUUAGAAAUCAUCAAUCAUCAAUCUGGCUAGUGGCUAGGGGGAAACAUACCUAAGUGAGUUCCCAACCUGUAAUUAGAUUAACUUUAACUGUAGUUUGUUAGAGUAGUUUUAGUUCUUCAAUCUUAAUCUGGUUUGCUAGAUAAUGAACUAAAGCUGAGUAAUAGUAGCUCUAGAGACCCGUGGAUUCGAUAUUUAUUACUUGAGCCACUAUAUUGCAGUCCCUUUCAUUGGUUACACUUGGCCUUUGUUAGGAGUUGUGUCAUAGCGAGUCAAGUUUUUGGCGCCGUUGCUGGGGAACUUUCUAGAGUAUUAGGAAAGAAAGAAGUUUGUUACUUUAGCGUUUUUCUUUUCUUUUCCAACCUUGCUUUUCACUUGGGUGUUUUUGUUUUUGUUGGUGCAGAUCUGAAUCAUGGAUCCUCAUGGCUUCUCCAACCAUUGGGGGUAUCCACCACCAUCCGAGUGGUAUUACCCCGAGACUCCCUGGAGCAAUCAAGGAGGAGAAGACUAUGGAUUCGGGUUCCAGUACCAACCCCCUUACUACGGAGAACAAUCAGACCCCUGGGCAUAUCAAGAACAACCUCAUUACCAAGAAGACUUUCUCCCACAACCAGAAGGGCCAUCGGAGCCGGAGUUACCCAUGGCGGCCUUUACGGGCCAUUCUGCAGAGCCAUGCUACACUCCACAGCCAGAUCCAAACUAUGAAUUGAGGCUUCUCAUGGAGCAGUUUUCUCGAGAUAGUGAGAGAUCAUGGUCCAGGAUGGAUCUUUGUACCCAGACAUAUCAUAAAACAGAGGAGAUCCUCCUGAGCAUUAAGAAGAGCGUCGAUGAUCUUGAGCGAUCUUAUGCACAACCUGUUCCAGAUCACCCUUCUACUACCAUACCAGAAGAGGAGGAGGAAGAAGAAGGCUACAAGGACAUUGUGGAGCACACUAAAGUUGUCACGGAGAGCUCCCGUGAUGAUCAUGAUCAGGAAUGUCCUGUCGUAGCCGACCACACCUUCCCACAUCCCAAACUAAGAUUUGAAGAUGCGGGCAUGAGUGAGGAGAUGCAAGAAGAUCUCAUGAAGGAAAUUGCUUGGAAACUUGCUCUCCAGUCCGUGCUAGAAGAAGAAGAGCAAGAAAGGGUGCAUGAAGAAGUUGUGGAGGGUGAUGAAAGUGAAGCAGAAAGAGUUCUUGAUCAUUUCCUAGGGGUGAUACCACAUGAAGAAGAAAGGGAGGUUGAAGAAGCAAUUGGCGUCCAGGCCGAGGACGAAGUUGAGGUGGAAGAGGCUUGCACCGGCCAUGAGUUACAUGUGAUAUCCCCACCAAACUUCGAGGAAUUUCUUAGCAAGGACCCGUUUGCAGUGUCUCUUUGCUAGACCAAGGCCACAUCGAUAUCGGUCCCUCUUGGUGGACGCGAUGGUGGUCAAUUGAUGUUGUGAUAUCUAGUUUGGGGCAAUGAGACGAGAGAAGAGAAGAAGAGGUCUCGAGGGUGGAGACUUCAUCUGCAUCAAGUGCACGAGCUUCCAUCACAUGUCAUACCACAUACUCGUGACUUGAGACUCCACCUCAUAGAUGAGAACCUCAACUUCAAAGAGGUUUUGGGGUGGACCGAAACUUAGGAGCCAUCGUCCGGCUCACGACGUGAAAGAAGCGCUUGUUGGGAGGCAACCCAACCAGUCAGUUUGCAUUUCGUUAUCUAUUUCCCCUCGGUUGAGUCAGUUUUGUCCUUUGAUUCUAGAGUCAAUAACUCAACCUUUGUGAGAUUUUGUGUGGUGUUUGUGUUCCGACUACUCUCUCCUCCUGGAAUACACUGCCGGCCCCGUCCACCAUCAUUCACCCUUGAUCUAGUAACUUCGUUCUACCCUCCUUAUCUUUCCUCCAUUGAAGACAAUGUCGUGCUUAAGUGUGGGGGGAUGUUCGAUUAUGUAUGCGGGUGAAUGUUUGGCUGUUUGUGUGCUUGGAGCCUAGUCCACUGUCCAAAUUUUUGAAUUUGAUGGCUCCAAGUACGUGUUUCCUUGCAAAUUGCCUGCUCAGUAUGCUUUGAGUUGACAGUCUCUAUAGUAAUUGCAACCUAGGGAGGUAGUGUAUCACUAUGGAGGAUGUUGAAGUAUAAGAUUUUUCCUAUCUAGCUCUCUGAUGUGCCAGUUGAUUUUGUGAAUUAGUGGAGCUAAGACUGUUGAAUUCAUGUGGUAAUGGUGACUCUAUUUGGAUUGUGUUAUGGACUCGUGUAUCGAACAUGGUGCUCAUGUGGAAAAUGAAAAGCAGUUGUUCCUCCAUGUCGAAAUCAUCAAAAUCUUAAACAUGGGGUAAGCCCAAUGUGUGUGGCACCAUUCAUUGCACAAAAUCAGGUUUUGGAGGAGAUUUUAGUGAUCCUUAGUGGGGUACUCCUACAAGGUGAAGCCAAGCUGUCUCUAGUACAAGUAAAACUUCCACCCGUUGAACGGUUUGCCUACCUGAGGAUAUGUUUUUAAGGGCACGGAUAGAGCUUCCGACCCCCCUUAAUUUCAUUGACCCUCCACACGAGUUGAGGAAAAGGAGUUAAAAGAAGUACUCUGGCGAGCGCCAGAUGUACAGAAAUUGCUCUUGCUCGACUAAUAAGGGUCGGCCGGGCAAAAGACUGCAGUUGGAACCCCCGCCAAGUGAAUGAAAAGAAAAGAAAAAAAAGUAAAAUGGAAGUGAGAAA